CUUUUCUCCCAUUGGAAAUACACAUGGGGAUCAAAAAGCUAGAACCUCACAGCAGCUUGGAAACCUACUCAGUAUGUGAACUUAAGACAGGGUUACAACAAUGGCUUGUAUACAGAAAACACUAAGAGGUUUGGGGGUCCUGAGACAACUCCCCCGUGAAUCAACCGUUAACCAGACAUACUGCAGAUAUGCAUCUUCCUAUAAAUAUCUUCAAGUGGACUUGGACAAAAAAACAAAAGUUGCACACCUUACACUUGCAAGAAAACCUGCCAACUCACUGAACUGUGACAUGAUGAAGGAGAUUGCCAUGGCAACCAAUGAACUAGACCAGGACAGAGACUGUAAAGGGAUUAUUAUCAACUCUUGUGUGCCAAAUAUCUUCAGUGCUGGUCUAGAUCUCACAGAGUUAUACCAGGCUAAAGAACUAUUCUUCCAAGAUUUCUGGCGGAGCCUUCAAGCCAUGUUUAGCACCAUAUAUGGCACAAAAGUUGUAACUAUGGCAGCGAUUGAGGGCCACGCCCCAGCAGCAGGCUGUAUCAUAGCUCUUGCUACUGACUACAGAGUUAUGUCAGAAGGAAAGUUCAACAUAGGCCUCAAUGAAUCCAUGCUUGGUAUUCCAAUGAACUUUUGGGUAAAAGAUGCAUUUAUAGCAACAUGUGGACAAAGGGAGGGCGAGAGAGCACUACAGCUAGGGCAGAUGUUCAUCCCUAGUACAGCAUUACAGAUAGGACUGGUAGAUGAGGUGGUACCUCAAGAGCUGACCCUGCCUACAGUACAGAAACAUAUGAAACAAUGGGUCAAAGUGCCAGGCGGGGCACGUGGUCUCACAAAGUCCCUGAUCAGACAACAAGCCAUGGAUAACCUCAAGGCCAAGGCAGAUGAAGAUCUACUGAUUAUGACGAGACACAUGCUCUCUCAACCAAUACAGAACACUAUUGGGGCCUACUUGGAGAACAUGACAAAGAAAUCGAAAAGAUGAAUUUGUGUGAAUUUUAUUUUUGAUGAAAUUAACUAUAUGAACAUUUAUAUGAAUGAAGAGGGGUAAAACUCCUAUUGUGUACAUAAUUAAUUGGACAGGAAUGGAUUACAAUGUGC